AUGUCGCGAAUUCCGUUCCCGUUUGAUAUUAAAGAUGUGGAAGAAAAUCUAGCUAAGGAACUUAUGGUGCAUUAUUCAGGGGAAUUCACGGGGUUCGUGCAAGUUGGUCCCAAGAAAUAUUUCUUCCCCCAUAAAUAUAAGGAGGAAGCUGAAGACAUUUACAAUAUCCCGGUGAAGCCAGAUGACGUGUACGUUGUUACAUUUCCUAGAUCAGGCACUACAUGGACGCAGGAGCUGGUCUGGUUGGUGAAAAAUGAUCUCGAUUUUGAAUCUGCCAAAGAAACACCGUUAACAUUCAGAUUUCCAUACCUGGAUAUAUCUAUCCUAAUGCACCCGGUACUUCUUAAGCCGAUAAUAGAAGAUAGCAUAGCAAACCCAAGUAAAUUCCACUUGGCAGAAAUGGCAAAACCGGGCGUGGUGAAGGUGGCCAAUUUGAAAUCGCCAAGGUUCAUCAAGAGCCACUUGCCUCUGUCGUUGCUCCCACCAGGGCUGCUGGAUACGGCUAAGGUGGUGUACGUGGCGCGGGACCCGAGGGAUGCGGCGGUGUCCUUCUACUAUUUGAGCAAGACGUUCGGGGGCGCGCCGAAGGACUUUAAGACGUAUUGGAACUACUUCAUUAGGGGUUUGCAUCACUAUUUACCAGUUUUUGAACACGUUAAGGAAGCAUGGAAUAUGAGACAUCAUCCGAAUCUUUUGUUUUUAUUUUAUGAAGAAUUAUCUAAGGACUUGCCGGCUGUCAUCCGUCGAGUAGCCGACUUUUUAGGUAAAGAAAUGACACAAGAGCAAGUGAUGAAAUUGGCAGACCAUCUCAAUUUCAGUAACUUUAAGGAUAACGCGUCCUUCAAUAACGUAGAUUUUGGACAUCCCAGCAUCGUCUUCGAUCAGCAGGCUCCAUUCAUAAGGAAAGGUAAAGUGGGCGGUUGGAGAGACCACUUCGACGAUGAGAUGGUGGAACAAGCUGACAGAUGGCUUAAAGAGAACCUCGCCGACACUGACCUGAGAUAUCCUGCGUGGGAACUGACGGAUUUGUUUACAUAUUGCAUGUCGUCUUCAUACUUGCAAAUUUCAAUUUCUGAACCCUGUCACAAUCAAUACCUUGAUGGAGAACUGACGGGCUUCGUGCAAGUUGGUCCCAAGAAAUAUUUCUUCCCCCAUAAAUAUAAGGAGGAAGCUGAAGACAUUUACAAUAUCCCGGUGAAGCCAGAUGACGUGUACGUUGUUACAUUUCCUAGAUCAGUGUAUUUAUUACUUAAAUUUCAGGACUUGCCGGCUGUCAUCCGUCGAGUAGCCGACUUUUUAGGUAAAGAAAUGACACAAGAGCAAGUGAUGAAAUUGGCAGACCAUCUCAAUUUCAGUAACUUUAAGGAUAACACGUCCGUCAAUAACGUGCAUUUGAGAAAUCCCAGCUUCGUCGUCGAUGGAGAGGCGCCAUUCCUAAGGAAAGGUAAAGUGGGCGGUUGGAGAGACCACUUCGACGAUGAGAUGGUGGAACAAGCUGACAGAUGGUUUAAAGAGAACCUCGCCGACACUGACCUGAGAUAUCCUGCGCGGGAACUUACGGAUUUGUAGGAAAAAAUCUAUUAGUGUAGUCUACAUGCGCACACCGCAAGGACGAAACUAGAAUCUUCGAGAUAGAUCUGUAAAUCUAAGAAAGAAGUUUUUAAACGACUUCAAGAACGGAUGCUAUCCAUUCUGUUCUGCUAUCCAUUAUGACUGUUUUUCUUUUAUUAUUU